GAACCUGAGCUCGGCCGAUGCUGGCCGCCAGACCAUGCGUAACUACACGGGGCUCAUUGACUCCCUCAUGGCCUAUGUCCAGAACUGUGUGGCAGCCAGCCGCUGCGAUGACAAGUCCGUGGAGAACUGCAUGUGUAUCCUGCACAACCUCUCCUACCGCCUGGACGCUGAGGUGCCCACCCGCUACCGCCAGCUGGAGUAUAACACCCGCAACGCCUACACGGAGAAGUCCUCGACAGGCUGCUUCAGCAACAAGAGCGACAAGAUGAUGAACAACAACUAUGACUGCCCCCUUCCCGAGGAAGAGGCCAACCCCAAGGGCAGCAGCUGGUUGUACCACUCAGAUGCCAUCCGCACCUACCUGAACCUCAUGGGCAAGAGUAAGAAAGAUGCCACCCUGGAGGCCUGCGCUGGCGCCCUGCAGAACCUGACCGCCAGCAAGGGGCUGAUGUCCAGCGGCAUGAGCCAGCUGAUUGGGCUGAAGGAAAGGGGCCUGCCGCAAAUCACCCGCCUCCUGCAGUCUGGCAACUCCGAUGUGGUGCGGUCUGGAGCCUCCCUCCUAAGCAACAUGUCCCGCCACCCUGCGCUGCACAGAGUGAUGGGGAACCAAGUGUUCCCAGAGGUGACCAGGCUCCUCACCAGUCACACUGGCAACACCAGCAACUCUGAAGACAUCUUGUCCUCUGCCUGCUACACCGUGAGGAACCUGAUGGCCUCGCAGCCGCAGAUGGCCAAGCAGUAUUUCUCCAGCAGCAUGCUCAACAACGUCAUCAACUUGUGCCGCAGCAGUGCCUCCCCCAAGGCUGCAGAAGCUGCCCGACUCCUCCUGUCUGACAUGUGGUCCAGCAAGGAGCUACAGGGAAUGCUCAGACAGCAAGGUUUCGAUAGGAACAUGCUGGGAUCCUUGGCCGGGGCCAACAGCCUCAGGAACUUCACCUCCCGAUUCUAAGAGGUUGACCAAGCAAGUUCAGCUUGCAGAAAGAUAUGACCCAGCUAAGAAGACCUCAGGCCUUGCUGGAUGAGUUAUUCUGUCCAUACUGUGCAGUAUUUAGAAAAGUUCAAAUGCAACUGACAGCAAACCUGAAAACUGUGGAUGAUGGAAAUAUUUUUAGGUUCUUUUUUUUUUUUUCUUUGGGGGAACUGGCAGGAGAUGGGGAUUGGGGAGGUUGGGGUGGGGGGACUUUCUUGAGUUAAAUGGGCUUAUGUCUGAUGUCGAUACUUCUUUCUCUGAGA